AUGAACAAGUCAUCAUCAUCAUCAUCGAACUCUUCCGCCAAACUCUCUCCCUAUCUCUAUUACAUUCCCAUUUCGUGCAUUGUUUUAAAUCAACAACAACCACAACAAUCACACAUUUUAAAUCUUUCAUUUCCAAAACCAAUUUCGCCAAUUUCUUCUUCAUCUCCAAAACCAAAUUCCUUCUCCAAUGAUUCUUCUCCCAUUGUCAUGAUGAAACAACAUUCUAAAAGUUUUGAUCAUGAUUCCAACAUGAUGACACUUUUGGAAUCCAAAUGUGAAAAAAACAGUCCUUCUUGUUCGCCUGUAAUUGCUUCACCUCUCAUGAGUGGUUGUAGUAGUAGUAAUAACAAUGGAAGUAGUGCUGGACAGAAACAAGCACGAAGGGCCUCUUUGAAAAUAUUUACUAAUUUAGGAAUGACAUCGAGUUCGAUAUCGAAUACAAAUAAUCAUCAUCAAGGUGCUACUGGUGUUGCAGUGAUGGGUGGAGAAUCGACGUUGUUGAAUGAAUAUUCAGUGGCAAGUGACACGAAUUGGACGGAUGGAAAAUCUUCGAAUGCAUCUUCGACUGAGGAUUCUACUUCGACGACGACAACAACUUCUACGAGUAAUAUUGCAAUGAGAAUAUUUAAAGAUGUGGCCAAACAAGAUUCGAAGAGAAAAAACGGAUCGAAUUCUUCACCUACUGAAAUGAUGUGGAAUUCUAAAAAUGGAAGUAAAAUGAAAGGUGGCAUUGAAGAAAUUAGAAAUGCAUUUUUUGACUUUUUAGGACAAGUCAAAAUUUCAGUCACACGUGAAUAUGGUUUAGCCAUGAUCCAGAAAAUGCACUUUUUAGAUGUUUUCUAUGAUGUCAAGAAACAACGAGUUCGAACAUUUGACACUUUGAAACAACUUUUCAAGUCAUGUGAAAGUUUUUUAGAACUUGUAGUGAGACCAUUAAUGGAUGAAGGAGAGACAGGCAUGAAUCAUUUCAAUAAUGAACAAUUUUCUGAAAAGGCAACUGUCGAAUGUCCAUUUCCUUUCUUGUUAAAUUUCAAGACAAGUGUGGAAAAGGAAUACAAGAAUUUAAUUCCUAUUUUGAGUACACAUGAAUAUUUGGUUCAGUGGUUGAGAGAAGUAUGCGAAUUGGCAUUGGAAAUGCGUCGUCGUGAAGAAGAAGAACAUUUGAACAAGCUUCCAAAAGAAACGAAUGAACCUCCCAUUGAAGUGACAAGUGACAAUCAUUCAAUACUCUCAUCGGAAUCUUUAGAAUCCAUUCCAGUCUUGAAAAAUUCAACAUUUAUGGAACAAAAAGAAAUUCCAAAUUCACAACAGCAACAACACGAACUUCCAACACUCAUUGGCCUUAAACGUCUAUUAUUCAUGUUCGAAAAAGAAUUGGAAGAUAAUUUUUCCUAUUUCCAAAAACAACAUCAAAAAUAUGUGAAAAAGUGGCUCGAAUUGAGUGUGAAAGAUUUUCCAUCGUAUAUUAUUGAUAUACUUCACAAAAAACGAAAACAAUUUCUUCAUUAUCAUUCGUUCAAAAUGAGUGAAGAAGAUUUAAAUUUAAAAACCAUUGUGGAUUCGGAUUUUGAUUUUGUCGAAUUUAUGUGUGAUCAUACAGAGGAUUGGAAAGUAUUGAUUGGAGAACAUCCGAGAGUGGUGGUUUACAAAUCGAAAGAAAAUUAUUCGUGCGUUCCAAAUAUGAAAUUGCAAAAAUCAAUUAUUCAUUUAAAUUAUUCGAUUGAAAAAGUUGCAAAAGCAGCUCUCAAUAAUGAAAUUGAAGGACAAAAGCAAGGCAUGUUUGAAUGUAUGGAAUAUCAUCAUUAUACACCUCUCGAUCGAAAUGUUUCCUCUCGAAAAUACUCUACUGUGAUUCAGACUUGUAUUAUGAAUUAUGGAGCCAUCUUUAAGAAGAGAGCUCUUGAAAAUGUCAUUUCGACCAAGGCACGAUUUUUUGGUGAUCAAUUGAUGGAAGUGACCUAUCUCUACAAGACAUGUUCCUAUGUGAAUCCGAAAAACGAACAAGCUGGAUCUCCAGUGAAAGUAGUGGUGUUUGGAGGCAAACAAUAUAUUCGAGAAGAUGUGAAUCGAACAAGGGUGGUCGAUGUCCGGUUAUUUAACAUUGGGGGAUUUAUGAACCAUGAUUUGGUCGUUCAUAAAUUGGCCAUUAAGAAAGUCACUGAGGAUUUUGUUGAUUAUUAUGUCUCGAAAAUGAAAGAUGCUGAAAAGAAUGGACAUGCGACACCAGAUCCAAAAGAACAACAUGUGUGGAGAACAUUUUCUGAAUAUUGUCAAGCUCAUUAUGAUGUUGAUGUGAAUCAGUGGUAA